AUGGCCGCCCGUCGUCCCUCAACCAACGGGGCUCCUGCACCGACGCCGAACGACGACAUCUGCCCAGUAUGCAAAACUAUGCGCUAUCUAAACAAAGACCUCGAGUUCCUCAUUAAUCCAGAGUGCUACCACCCAAUGUGCGCCAACUGCGUCGCCCGCAUCUUCUCAGACGGCCCCAACCAGUGCCCCUACGCAGGCUGCCACAAGACACUCCGUAAAAAGGGAUUUAAGUCUGCCUACUUUGGCGAUUUGACUAUCGAACGUGAAGUCGACAUCCGGCGCCGUGUCGCCGCAGUCCUGAACAAGGUUGAAGACGACUUUGAGACACUGUCGGAUUACAACGAGUAUCUGGAAUGGGUCGAAACCUUGACGUUUGACCUCAUCUCAGGAAGCGAUGUCGAGAAGAAGACAGCGGAGGCGAAGCUGAUUGAGUGGGAGCAGGCCCACCGCGCCGAGAUCGAGCGCAACAAACGGCUCGCCAAAGAAUCCGAAACAGAGCGUCUCUCUCGCUUCGAAGCAGAGAAGGAAGAGGCGCGCCGCCGCAGGAUGGAGGCCAUGGAGGAAGACAAGGCUGAGAAGAAGAAGGAGCAACGUAUGCGUGAGGAAAUGCUCGACGGACUGGCUAGCGGAGAUGUUGGCGAGGCCAAGCAGACGCUUAAUCGCAUUCUACUCAAGAAGCGCGGACAGGGCCGCAUGUCUGCCGCCAUGGGUUCCCUGAACGAUGCUACCACGCCUGGUCUCUCCAUCCGCGGAUUGAAGAAGGAGAAGAAGCGCGUCAUCGAAGAAAACAAGCCGUACGACCCGUUUGGCGGUCUCAAGCUCGACAUGGAGAGAUACAAGCUGGGCCCUUUGGAAGAGUACCGCAAUCACUGGGUCGACGAGGCACGCAAGAAGGACGAGAUCGUGGUCGGAGGAUACAGUGCGGAAGAGUACCUCGGCCGGGCCAUGUUCGAGGCGUUUUCAGGAUUGGCUGUGUUUAUUGACGACGAAAAGGGGCCGGAAAAGGUUGCUACUGCUGAAGCGGUGGAAGCUGCAGCCACAGGGCAAACAGCUCAGAAGAUGGAUGUGGACGACGUCUUUUAG